GUCUCAAACGCAGCUUGCCAUCGAGACUUGAGUUCCCCCCCCCCCCCGCCAAGUCUUUUGUUAAUUUAAAUACCUCCGCUCAUCCCUACAAUUGGGUGUAAACUUCUGUCCGUUCGCUAGGCUCGAUAAGCACCGCUAAAACAUGCCUUUAAUCGUGAAAGAUUAUACCUGGACGCAAACGGAAUCGAUGGUUUACCUACGCGUGCCUUUGAAAGGGGCUACGGCUGAGCACGUCGACAUACUCUCUACAGAUGAGUAUCUCAAGGUCCACUUCCCACCGUUCCUGUUGGAGGCAUUUCUAUUUGAAGCUGUUGACGAAGCGAAAAGCACAGCCAAGAUUGGAAACGGAGUAGCAGUCAUCUCUCUGCCGAAAAAGAUCCACCGACUAUGGGACCACCUCGUUUUAAGUAUUAAUGAUAAACAGACGAAGAAAGAAAUUCGAGAAAGAGCAUUGCAGGCUCAUAUGGAAAAGACUGCGGAUGGCCGCAAAGAAAAAGCUGUGAAAAAGCAACAAGAGAAAAAAUAUGCCCUGGAGACGAUGAUGAAGCUUGAACAGGAAGAAAGAGACUUGAUUCAGAAGAUGAAGGAUGAAGAACGAGAGAAAGCAACAGCAGAACUUGAGGGAUGGAAAAAAAGACAGAUUCAAACAGCUGUGGAAAAACCGCCAAUCAACCUGACCAAAAGGGAUAAAGUUCAGACCCUACACCACGCUUCACGUGGCUGCAGUGUCAACCCUGGUCCGACCUCCUCCAGAGCAGGCAGCAGAAAAGAACAAGUGGACCUACCUGCGCCGAGGUCUUCGGGAACGAUCCAGAUCAAAUUCACACCGAGGGUGUUCCCCACGGCCCUUCGGGAGUCCCGGGUGCCAGAAGAGGAGGAGUGGCUUAGAAAGCAGGCUGAGGCCAGACGCGCAGGAAACACAGAGCUGGCUGCUGAACUGAAGGAUCUCAGCGAUGAGGAGCGGAAUCCAGACUGGUUGAAGGAUAAGGGCGACAAAUACUUUGCAACUGGAAACUAUCAAGGUGCAGUUAAUGCAUACAACCUGGCGAUCAGGCUGAACAGCAAGAUCCCAGCCUUCUACUCGAACAGGGCCGCCUGUCAUCUCAAAUUAAGAAACCUCCACAAAGCUCUUGAUGAUACGUCAAAGGCCCUAGAUCUUCUGACCCCGCCCGUAGCUGACAACGCAUCGGCCCGAGCAAGAGCCCACGUGAGGCGGGGCACUGCCUUCUGUGAGCUGGAGCUCUAUACCGAAGGUCUUCAAGAUUACUCGGCAGCUAUAAAGAUCGAUCCUCAAAACAAAGUCUUACAAGCAGACGCGCACAGAAUCAGGCAAAUCAUUCAAGGGUGCAUUACAGGCCCUGAAAACUAAUUUCUUGUUAUCCAUUUAGGCAACACUAAAAACCAUUUUAAGUGCUCUUUGAAAUUGAACAUGAAUAAUUUUUUUUACUAUGUAAUCCGUGGGGUUUUGGAUUAGUAUUCUUGGCAUAGUAGGUAGGUCCCUUGAAGUGUAAUCCCAACAACUACGUAUACAAAACGCAUCAUUGGAUUAAGUAACUAAAACAGAAAUGGUUGUAUUCAUUUGAUUUUGGCAUGACUUUUUCCUGAUUUUGUUUUACUCCUACCUUCAAAACAUUAUAUAUCUUAUGACACAUUGAAUCUUCAAUCUUGUUAAGAACCCUGGGAUUCAGAGGCAAAUGUCCCUUAAAAUGCUGCAUUAAUUAUUCACUAAAGAUACAGAAAAUGUGUGGAACGAGCCGAGCAAAUGUAUGUUUUGUUCCCUUUGUUUAACCUGCUACUUCAAAAUGUGUCAGCCUUUAGAUAUCAGAGGGGGGGAAAUAAUCAGUAUGAAACACUUCUGGAAAUAGUUAUAUUUAUUACAUUAGAAAUCUUUACAAAGCAUGGGAGUGGGAGUUUGGGACACCGGUAGCAUAAAAUCGCUAGUAUUGAGUCGACUUCAAUAACCUCUAUUAAAACAUCCUCAUAAUCAACUGUUGUGUGUAACUCAAUCUGCCCAGUCCCAAAGUCAGGCCUUGUUUGAGAUGCACUCAUGGGGGCAUCUUAUGGCCCUACACAUUAGAUGUCCGUGAUAUAGAACCUGAAUGAAAAGUAAAGAGAAAAUUUGGACUCAGCCCGGGCUAGUAUGUGAAACAACACAUAUCUUUGUUCUGAUUAAAAACACCAUUGAAGUCCUUGUUAUUGGGCUU